UAUCAAACAAAAUGCGCACCUUCGAUAGCGCAUGCGUACUGGGCGCAAUUUUGAGGCUCACCAGGCUAGCCUGCUGAGAGGCUCCUGAUCUAAACAGCUAAACAUGGCUCAGAUCACAUACAGCAGACUGUCCCAUUUACUGAGAAUAUCCGCAGAUAAAGGCUCCGUUUUACAAAAAGGACCGGAAAUAAAACACGCAGCUUCGUGUUGUCUGCAGUUCGUACGCUGCCAGCGCUCUGUGGACAGUAAGGCGUUACAGGAGAGGCAGAAACAGGUGAUGGCGAAAGGCCUUCCAAAACAGAAGCCAAUCACAGGGGUCAAGCAGGUCAUCGUGGUAGCUUCAGGGAAAGGUGGUGUGGGAAAGUCUACUACUGCAGUAAAUCUGGCUCUUGGAUUAAUGGCCAACGAUCCAUCUAAGUCAGUCGGUGUGUUGGAUGCUGACGUUCAUGGUCCGUCGAUUCCGAAACUCAUGAACCUAAAGGGAAACCCAGAGCUCAGUGACCACAACCUGAUGAUCCCACUCACCAACUACGGGAUUCCUUGCAUGUCCAUGGGUUUCCUGGUGGAGGAUGUGGCUCCCAUUGUGUGGAGGGGGCUCAUGGUGAUGUCAGCUAUAGAGAAACUGCUCAGACAGGUGGACUGGGGGUCACUGGACUACCUGGUAGUUGAUAUGCCUCCCGGGACAGGAGACGUCCAGCUAUCAAUCACACAGAACAUCCCAGUAGCAGGCGCUGUUAUCGUGUCAACGCCGCAAGACAUCGCUCUGCUAGAUGCUCGAAGAGGAGCGGAGAUGUUCAAGAAAGUUCACGUGCCGGUUCUCGGUCUGGUUCAGAAUAUGAGCGUCUUCCAGUGUCCCAACUGUAACCACCAAACUCACAUCUUCGGCUCUGAUGGGGCCCGACAGCUCGCUGACACUCUGGGAGUCCAAUUCCUUGGUGACAUACCUCUUCAUCUGAACAUCAGAGAGAUGUCAGACAGAGGGACUCCAGUGGUCAUCUCCUCCCCAGACAGUCCGGAGGCUGAGGCGUACAAGAAGGUUGCGUCUGUUGUUGUCCAGAGACUAGAAGAAGUCAAUACCUGAUCUGCAUUUCCAACAGGAAGUCAGCUGGGUUGACUGUGAUGACUGUACAC